AUGCAGCUCGCAAAGUCCCUGCGGGCCGGCAGGUCCGCGGCAGUGCAGCGCCCAGCGAACGUGACGAGCUUCCACGUUCAGGCCCGCAAGGUCACGGCACACGCGGCCACUGAGGAGAUCGCGGCUGUGGCUGCUUCCUCCAAUGGCACUGGGGCCAGCAACACGCUGGACUUCGAGGAGUUAUCCGACAUCAUCAGGAUUGUCAACGAUACCGAUAUCGUUGAGCUGGAGCUGAAGAGCAAGCGCUUCAACCUGUCGGUCAAGAAGCAGGCGGCUCUCAAGGCAGCGGAGCCGACGGUGCAGCCGUGGCAAUGUUGA